GUUGCGCUACAGCUGAUCUGACGUCAGGACGAAAACACAAGACAAGUCUGAACAUAUAUCCCGGGCACGCGCACAUGGAGAGAAUAUAAAGCGUCUACCGGAGAAUUACCAGAUUAUUCUGCACGCGACACACACACACUUUUUUAAUAUUACACACACACUGUUCCACGAUGCACCGGGUGUAAAAUCGUCUCGCGCACACACACCUGUCCUCACCUGUCCCUCAGCACGCAGUCCGGCGCUCGCGCGCAGGUAAAACGGAAGAAUGCGCGCCGCCGACGCGGACAGAUUGGCGGACGAGCUCACGAGCGCGGCGGCGGCCGGAGACACAGCACGCGCUCAACUUCUGCUGCAGAACGGAGCUCAACCCAACCGCAAGAAUCGCUACGGGAGAACAUCUGUACAGGUGAUGAUGAUGGGCAGUGUACACAUGGCCCGCCUCCUGCUGUCACAUGGUGGGAACCCGAAUGCGGUGGAUGCGAGUACGGGGGUGACGCCGCUACACGAUGCUGCGCGAGAGGGUUUCCUCGCCACCGUCGAGCUCCUGGUCAGGGGCGGAGCUAACGUCACAGCACUGGACCACAGGGGGCGUAGCCCAGCCCAGCACGCACUACAGGCUGGCCACGCCCACAUCGCCAAAUACUUACACAGUCUCUAAUCCUGCUCCUUCAGCUCCGCCCCCAAACACACAGGAAGUGUUUGAUUCAGACGUUACUUCCUGUCCCGGUGAUUUAGCACUUAAUAUUUAUAAACUCGAUCAGGACACUGACGCACUUUAUUUUAUUCACGUGACGUGUUAAUGACGUGUCAAACACCUGCAUGUUCCUGUGCUGGACUGUAAAAUAAAUGAUUAUAAACAGUU